AUGUUGAGUGACGUGGCGGUGUCACUGUCCGUUGGAUUAUGGGUGAAGAAGUUAAGCUAUUUUUCCAGUCCGCAUUCUUUUCCUAGACAGCCUGUGUACGAAAGACCCUGGCGGUUGUACGGCUUUCCUUCAGCUGAACGCCUCCUUUCCUCUGGAACUAACGCUCGUUCUUGGGUUUUUUCUUUGGUUUUGGCAGCCGAGAACGAGGUCAUGGAGAAGGCCGAUCUUGGAGAGGUGGACACCGAUUUGGAUCCACUGGCGGGCAACAAGGAGCUCAUGAUGAAGACGCUGAUGAAGAGCUACAUCAGGGGCCUGAUGGAGGACUGCUUCAAGAAGAAAAAGAAGAAAAAGUUCCCCAAGGGAGACGAAAAGUCUAAUCUGGCGCAAUCCACCUGGCUGAAACCAAGGCAGAUAAACAACUGGUUUAUAAACCAGCGCAAGCGGCACUGGCCACAGGCAGCGCGCGGGGAAUCGUCACAGCAGCGACAUUCCAAAUCGAGGAAACUCUCCACGACGAAGAAAAAAUAA